UGCAGCUUCCUUUGGCCUAGUUUCUCUCCUGAGUGAGAUCUUGAAAGCUUUUGAUCUAACUCAGAGUGUGUGUGACGGUUGUGGCUCCUGCUUUUAAGAAGUGGCGUUGGCAGACACUGGUUUACUGUCGCCUUAACAAACAGCGGCGCGCACAGCUUUCACCCACCGCUCCGCAGCGCUCUUCCUAUUUCAUAUCUAUUCUGCACUUGUCUCUCCCAGUGCCACGGCUGUCUUAUCAUUCCACCCUGUGCCAUAAAGCGGCAGAAAAUCCCAUAUCCCAUCUCCUCAUGGCUUCGGCUUUCUGCCUGAGUUAUCCCACUAUUAUGUACCGAGCUCCGGCUCCCUCUCGCUGGACGUGCUCGGGGUGGGAAUGAGCCCCGGCAGUCAGCGCGCCGGCUUCUCUCUGGGGAAAAACAUCGCCUCUCUGUGGAGAAGUCCAGGUUACUCCAGAUUUGAAGUCUAAGAAGAGUUUAUUGUGGUACGACAGUCCAAUCCAGUAGCUUCAUGGAGGGCUUUCCAGUUCACUGACCCAACAGGCUGCCCAAGCGGACCAGCAGCCAUGUCAGCCUGCAGCACCUUCACCGAGCACGUGUGGAAACCAGGCGAGUGCAAGAACUGCUUCAAGCCCAAGAGUCUGCACAGUCUGGCUCAGAGCGGAGGGAAGCCUUUCCCUGAGCAGAGGCCUUCGACGGCCCAACAGAACCCAGCUCCUGCUGGGGCUAAAGCCAACCCGAACCUUCCUGCCAGCACUCAGAGAGCCAGCAGCGGGUCGGCUCGCUCGGCCCACUUCCGUCCACCGGUGGCCAAGAAGCCGACCAUCGCAGUUAAGCCCACGAUGAUGUUGCCCUGCUCUUCAACAGGCUUGGAUUCAGAUGGCAACCUGCAGCAGCCGCUAAACUUAAUGGAACAGGGGAAGACGUCAGCCUUUACAGUUUGGAAUCACAAUGGACUGAACCGUAAAAGACCCAGUGGGCCCAGCAACAACAACGAAGGAGAGGACGGCAGCGAGGAGAUUGAAGGUUAUGGACAACUUAGCCCGAGGACGCCGAGUGGAAAUAACAACAGUGGAUUAACAGAUGUACUCAAGGAAAUUGCAGGUUUGGGCCCUGGCUCUAGCCCCACGCCCCUUUGUGGCUCCAAAGACUUGUUUUGGGGACGAAUCAGUAAUUCAUACCGACGGUCUUUAGAGAGAGGUCUCCCAGCCUCCAGCUGUCUGGCCAUGGGAAGCUGCGGCAGUGGUGGCUGCACCGCUCAAAAACGUGUCUCGCUUAGUGACAGUGCCAAAAUCAUCAGCACAGAGGGCGGUCGCUUUUGCUACCCUGAGUUUUCCAGUGACGAUGACGACGAGGAUGAUGAGGAUGAAGAGGAGGACAGUGAAAGGGAAGAUGAUGAACAUGAGAGCUGGGAUGAAAGUGAUGAAGAGCUUCUCGCCAUGGAGAUUCGUAUGCGAGGCCAGCCACGUUUUGCAAAUUUCCGUGCGGCCACAUUGUCUCCAGUGCCCUUUGCUGCAGGAAAAAAGUGGAAUACUGUACCGCUUCGCAACCGCUCACUACAGCGAAUAUGUGCAGUGGAUUAUGAUGACAGCUACGAUGAGAUUCUCAAUGGAUACCCCUCAGUGGAUUCCAAUGGGGCUCCUCUUUCCUAUGGGCCUCUGCACUGUCAAGGCAGUGGGUUUUUGUCGACUUCAGAAUCUACAACCUCGCCAGAAUCAUCAUCGUCACUGCCAGACAAUUCACACACAGCUUCCAGCAAUGGGAGCAGUUCUGUUUGUGCCCUUCGGAAUGGACUGCAUUCUCCAACAGCAAGUAAAGUACCUGCUCCCUGCACUUCUCCAAAGACCGAGUCUGUCAGCAGAGUUCUGAGUCCAGCCAAAGUCACUGAAACACACAAGGCUGUCUUAGCCAUUCGAUUGGAAGAUCAAGAAGGCAGAGAGGGCAUGCCCAUGCCCCAAGCCCUUCCAGGCCAACCAGUUACUAUAAGUUUUAGCCCCACUGAGGAGCAAGCCAAACCAUACCGUGUGGUAAAUUUGGAAAAGUCACUCAUCUGUAAGCCGUACACUGUUGUUGAUGUCUCAGCAUCUAUGGCGACUAAAGAUGAUCAGACUCUCGAUUCUUCACCAAAACCCAAAAACCUGUCGAUGCCCUCCAGUCCUACAUCAUUCUGUAGCACUCCUGUAGUCCAGCCUUUGUCUCCAGCAUCUCCUACUUCCCCGUCUUCCCCCGUGACGCCAACAUCACCCACAUCUGCUGCUCCUUCAGUCACUUCCCGAAAGAAAUUAGGCAGCAUACGCUAUCAAGAAGUUUGGACUUCUAGCACAAGUCCUCGGCAAAAGAUACCUAAAGUGGAUCUAGGGGUGGGGAGCAAUCCUGGUCCGUCCAUUAUGUCACAACACUGCAGUCACAAAUCUGCUCCCACCUCUCCCAUCGCCGGGUUGUCCUCAUCCCGAACUGUUCCUGUGAAAUCCCCCAACUUGUCAGAGAUCAAGUUUAACAGUUUCAACAAUGCAGGCAUGCCUCCUUUUCCCAUAAUAAUCAGAGACGAGCCAGCCUACGCUCGCAGCUCCAAGAAUGCUGUCAAAGUACCAAUUGUUAUCAACCCAAGUGCUUAUGACAACCUAGCUGUGUACAAGAGUUUUUUAGGACUCAGUGGGGAGCUGCCUCAGCCAAAAGGGGCAGGUAACAGGGUCACCAGCCACACUUAUGAGGAAAUCGGGUCUUCUGAGAGCGUCCAGUCCUCGUCUACAGAGAAGACGCAUUCUGGGAGAGGCACAUCAGAGCGAGCCUCUGUUGAAGAGAUGAAAUUUCCACUUGAUACGGUGUCAAAAGUACCAAUUUUACAACCAAGAACCACUACAGACUCUUGCACUGUGACAAGCACUGUUAUUAGCUCUGCAGUCGGGGCCCUUUCUCCCACUAUGUCACCGAAUUCUCCUGUCAGUCUUGCCAUUACUGCAAACCUACUUAAAGCCAGCACUACUGCCAAUACUGUUACAAAUAACUCUAAGACAGCUGGAGAUGCUCCUUGCAGUAAAGAUAAUGAUACAGGCUUACCUUUGUCUCCUGGGACACCCUUAAGCCACCGAGAGGAGGCCAGCACCGUGCUUUCACAGAUCGUGGCCUCCAUCCAGCCUCCUCAGUCUCCACCAGAGUCUCCAUCAGCACAAAGCAAAACUUUCAGCUCUGAGGAGCUGUAUGCCCUCCCACCCGACGCCAUGAAAGAGACCCUCACUCGGCCCAAGUCGCUCUUUUCCACAACCGAUGGCUGUCUUUCCAAGCCAAAGAAAGACACACCUUCAAAAGUUUUGUCCAAAUCCCAGAGUGCCUCUGCUGCUGUCCCCCUUUCCAGCCCCAGGUCGGAGGCCACCCCUCCCUUCCCUCCUCCAAGAUCUACAUCCUCUCCUUACCACGCUUCUAACAUACUCCAGAGACAUUUUGGCAACUGGACAAAGAGCUCGGGCUCCAGCUCUCCUGUACGGCCCAGUGACGGCGAGGCAAGUCCUGGAGGGGAAAGCAGACGUCUUUCAAAUGAAAGCUCAAAGCCCAAACGCUGGAUCUCCUUCAAGAGCUUCUUCCGUCGGCGAAAAGAUGAAGAUGAGCAGAAAGAGAAGGCAGAGAGAGAAAAAGAGAAGGGCAAGCUGGUUGGUCUUGACGGUACGGUCAUCCACAUACUCCCACCUCCACCGGCGCAACCUCAGCAUUGGUUCACUGAGGCUAAACCAGACGACCCCACCCAGAAGCCGACCAUCAUCUUCACCUACAAACCGGACGGUGCCAGUGGCUCUGGUGAUGGGGAGGGAGAACUACGCGUAGAGGAGUGCAGAGAAACUUCACUCCUGGCAGCCGACGAAAGCAAAGAACCAGCGAGCCCCGGGCAAACAUCUUCACACACCACUGGAGUGGAUCUCAACAGCAAGGACCUCAGCCAGGUUCCGGGCAGCGCCAGCGGCUCCAGAGGCCGGGAGCAGCCGGCCGACGCCUCCCUGCCCGCCAGAAUCAAUCUGGGCCUGGUGUUCGGGGAGGUCGAGGACGGCCGCACCAACAACCGCGUGGCCAGCGAGGGCAGCGCCAGCCUGGGAGAGCCGGAGGAGGACGGAAACCACUCCCAUCACUCCCACUCUCCGGCCUCCAGCCAGUGCAGCGCCACCUACAGCAACAUGGGUCAGUCUCGAGCUAACAUGAUCCCGCAGAAACAUCCCCGGAACGUCAAAGCGUCCAACGACACUCUGGCCUCCAUCGACCUGGACUGCCUCGCCGACCCGCCGCCGCCCAAAGCCACGCCGCCACCCCUCCCCAAGAAGGUGGUCCCUCGCUCGAGCACCGAGCCAAACCUGGGGGCCAAAGAGCCGGCGCAGGGCGGCCACAGGCCCCGGGCCGAGGCCAAGCCGGGGGGCACCAACCUGAGCGUGGCCAACCCGCUGUACGACCUGGACUCCACCUGGGAGACGGCCAGCCAGAGCUCCUCCCUCAGCUCCGAGAACCACCGAGCGCCCGAGCACGAGAGCGGGGACUCUCUGGAGAGGCCGUCGGCCGCCGCCGCCGCCGCCAACAAGAGCCGCCUGGCCAACAGCGUGUCUUCUCUGCUCCCCCAACCCGCCGCCGUGGCGCCCGGCGCCGCCGCGGGCCGGGAGCGGCGGGUCUACCCCAGCACCGAGUCUCUGGCCGGCAAGGGUCGGACGACGAGCCGGGGGGCGGCCAAACCCCACAGACCGGCUCUGUACAGGGGGCUGGACAGCUGGGACGAGGUGGUGGGCAGGAUCCGCGGCCUCCACACCGACACGCUGCGGAAGCUGGCCGCCAAGUGCGAGGACCGCUUCAUGGCCGGGCAGAAGGACCACCUGAGGUUCGGCACAGACAGCUGGUCCCACUUCAGGCUGACCACCGGGAAGCCCUGCUGCGAGGCGGGGGACGCCGUGUACUACACCGCCUCCUACGCCAAGGACCCGCUGGUCAACUACGCCAUCAAGAUCUGCCGCAGCCAGGUGAAGGAGACCCAGCAGCAGUUCUUCCACAGCCUGGCCGUGAGGCAGAGUCUGGCGCUGCACUUCAACAUCCAGCAGGACUGCGGACACUUCCUGGCCGACGUCCCCGCCCGCCUGCUGCCGUGGGAGGAGGACGAGGAGGAGGACGAGGGGGACGAGGAGCCGGAGCAGGAGGAGGGAGGAGCUCUGAAGGAGGAUGAGAAGGACACCAAGGCGGCGAACGCUAACGGCAAACUGGACGAGGCCCCGGCCGGCGGCCGCCUGAGGAGCCGGGUGGUGGUCAUCACGCGGGAGGUGCCGUUCCAGACGGUGGCGGACUUCGUGAGGGAGGGCGUGUCGCGGCACGGCCAGAGCCCGGAGCUGUACGAGCGGCAGGUGUGCCUGCUGCUGCUGCAGCUGUGCUGCGGCCUGGAGCACAUGAAGCCGUACCACGUCACGCACUGCGACCUGCGGCUGGAGAACCUGCUGCUGGUGCACUGCCCCCCCGGCAGCGCCUGCGCCCCCGACCCGCUGGAGCCCAACAACAACGGCGACAGCGGCGGCCCGGGUCCCAACGCCGCCGGCGCCGCGGCCGCCGCCGCCGCCAACGCCGCCAACGCCACCUGCCCCGCCCGCCUCAUCAUCAGUAACUUCUCCCAGGCCAAGCAGAAGACGGCCCUGAUGGCGGCCGACCCCGGCACGCUGCGCGACCAGUCCAGGCUGGCGCCCGAGAUCGUCACGGCCACCCAGUACCGCAAGUGCGACGAGUUCCAGACGGGGAUCCUGAUCUACGAGAUGCUGCACCGGCCCAACCCCUUCGAGGAGACGCCGGAGCUGAAGGAGCGCGAGUACACGUGGGCCGACCUGCCGCCGCUGCCCGUGCGCUCGCUGUACUCGCAGGGCCUGCAGCAGCUGGCGCGCCUGCUGCUCACCGUCAACCCGUCGGAGAGGAUCCGCAUGGCGGAGGCGCGGGCCUGCCUGCAGUGCCUGCUGUGGGGGCCGCGGGAGGACCUGUUCCAGGCGCUGGGCUGCGGCGGCGCCGCGGGCCCCGCGGGGGGCGCCGCCUCCGGCCAGCGCGACGCCACGCUGCAGAACUGGCUGGACCUGAAGCGGACGCUGAUGAUGAUCAAGUUCGCCGAGCGCUCGCUGGACGCGGCGUGCGGCGUGAGCCUGGAGGACUGGCUGUGCUGCCAGUACCUGGCGUUCGCCACCACCGACACGCUGGGCCGGGUGGUCCACAUCCUGCAGCAGCCGCAGCGGCCGCCGGCGCCGGCGCCGCCUCACAACCAGAACCACGUCUCACACGGCCAGACACACCUGCCGCACGCCUACCACUUGACUCAAUCCCAGCCGCUCUGAGCUCCCCGUGCCCGACUGUUACCGUGGCCGCCGCCGCCGCCGCCGCUGCCUCUGAGGCUCCCCCGACGCAGACGUUGCUCACUGCAAAAGUUACAAUCAGACAUUUGAAGAUUCGCUGUCUGGACGCCCGGCGUUGCUUCAUCAAUGAGUGGAGUUCCUCCCUGAUAUUUAACUUAUUAUCAGUUUUUAUGUUUUAACUUUAUUCUUCAAAUCUGUCGAGUUUGAAAUCAGAAAUGAAACGCGGCCUUUUAAAUGAAGGGAAAUCAAAUCUGAACAGGGUCACUCUUCUAAAACUACAGUCACCAGUAAAUUUUCACCAUUGAAGCCAAAGAUCUGCCACAGAUGGUCAUUUAAAAAGUGAUGCAUGUCGUGAAGUUCGAAUUCAGAGAGCCACACAGCGGCGCUACACGAUGACACAGGAGGUGGAAUUAUUAACGUCAGAUUUCUCUUUUUAUUGGACAGAGCAGAAUGAAGCUGACCACCUGCGUGGAGCUUUGUUUAAGUCGGCGACCGACGUGGAGCUCGUCUUCCUCUACAUGCGUGCAAUGAAAACCUUUGAGACGAAGCGUCCGAGCCCGAUCAGUAUCGAACUCUCACCGUUUUGUGGCACAUAAGCGGAUUUCGUGGAGGCGGAGCCGAGUGGACUGAGCCUCCUCGGUGGAUUCUACGGACUGCAUCAAAAAAGUUCUUCUGUCUUUAUUGUUUGUUUUUUGUCAAGUCGUUGGAGAACGGUUCUGCGUUUGCACAUUGGGUUGGGAGGACUGGAGGAGACCGGGGGUGGGGGCCGAGGCGAGCUGUGGGCCUGAUUUCCGGGGGGGGGGGGGGGGGGGGGGGUCACUUUGUUUAUGUAGAAUGUAAAAGUUUUCCCGGACCUGAUCUGAUCCACAACUCCUUCUGUUUCAACCACUUCGCUUCACAUUUGUGUGUGUUUGUGCAACAAAAGCAGAAAAUACGAGCAGAACCGCGGAGGCUGGCUUCAGCUCCUCCCGCCGCUCCCCAAGCAACGCUUUUUACAGGACUUCGUCACAUCUGGACUUUUUGUUUGCCUCGAUCAACAAGCGGCCUUUCACGCGUCAGUCAGACGUGCGUUGGCUCUUAUUUCAGCACCGCGGGUGUUUCAUAGGACUGAAGUAAGCAUGAAGUGUAGAAAUCUCUGCUCCGUGUCGACGAGAGGCUGCAUUUACCUGUUCAUCGCCACAAACUGCAUCGGCUCAGCCUGUCGCUGAGGGGGGGGGGCGCUCGGGGUCCGGGAGGCGUGAUGGUCCACAGAGUGAGAACGGCACAAAGCAGGUGUGAGUUUGUUGUUUCUAAAGGAUUUGUGUACUGAGGCGAGUGUGUGUGAGUGUGUGAGUGUGUGGGGCGGCACUGGUGGCUGCUCCCGUAUCCAGAGAUUUUAAGCCUUUAUAUAGUAUAUAUAGUAUAAAUAUAUAAAUAUAACCUUUAUCUAUUUUAAUCCACACACUAUUUUGUCACUUACGGAGCACCUCUGUUUCUGCGUGUAGAGUCGACGCAUCAUGUAUUCAUUUGCUUGACUCCCUUCGCCCCGGCAUGUUUCAGGGGAGAAGAGAGAAGGUGAGUCGUCAUCACUGUCCUCCACCACAGGAUCUUCUCGGUAUUAUCACAUAAACGACGUGUACAGUAUUUUUAUCCCUCCUGUAAAAAUGUUCCUGCUUAGGAGAAGAACCACUUUGGCUGAAGGAUGAGCUGGAGGCUCUGCAGCAACUCGGACUGAGGCGCGUUACACUUUUCUCUCUCCGCUCGGUCUUUUUGUUCUGUUUGUUGGUUUUUUUCGACCCCGGAGCCGAAGCUGUUGGAGGUUUACCAAACAGGUGUACAGUCCGUCUCCGAGCCUGCAGCCAGUUAGUGUCGAUCGAGUUAACCAUCAAUAACAGAACAAUAAAAUAUAUGUUUUUAUACAUUCCUCUUGUGGGU